AUGCAAAUCCGCAGCAGCUCGAUAUCUUCCUCGAUUCUCGCAGCCAUAUCCGCUGACUCCAGCAACCCGGACAGGCCAAGCCUCCAAAAACGCAUCUUCCGCCUUCUUGCAACCUUCCUCUCCGUCUUCCACCUCCCCCUCGCCCGCUACCGCGCCUCAGACUUCCUCGAGCUCCGCCACAAUGUUUGGCAGCUGGACGAGCACGAGUACGCAAACUCGUUCCAUCUUUCGCAGAAGGCCGCUAAGGGCAAGGGACGCGAAUCCGACCUCAAGCCUGUUGGCGACCUGGGCUACAGCGGCUCGACCUUCUUCACCACGGCCGACGGCAAGUUCCUCAUCAAGUCGCUGCCCCGCCGCUUCGAGCACGAGUUCUUUACUCACGACCUGUUCGGCGCCUACGUCUCCCACAUGAAGAAGAACCCACACAGCCUUCUCGUACGCAUCACCGACAUGGUUUACACCUCGAUAGCCACCCUCGGCGGCAUCUUGGGAACGGCACCUACCCACCACAUCAUUAUGGAGAACCUCCUGUAUGGCAAGGCGGAGGAGGAGACGGACCAUAGGAAGAAGCAAUGGGAGACGUACGACCUCAAGCCGAACGACUACUUCUUCCCCGAGCGGGACAUCGCCAACGGCCGCCUGGCCCCGGAGAGCGUCAAGGAGAGGCUGAUUGACGAGUUUGACGACAAGAUCCGGGUGACGGCGGCCCAGAAAGAGGAGCUGCUUGGCCUCCUCGGAGCUGACACUCAGCUCCUCGCCGAUAACAACGCCGUCGACUACUCUCUCUUCCUGGUCCGCUACCCGGGUCCAAACGUCCUGGACGAGCCGCGCGAUAUCCCGACCAUCAAGUCCAACGCGAACGAGUGGCGCACCGGCCUGACGGAUGUAGACGGCAAUUGGACCUAUCGCAUGAUUGUGCUUGACUUCUUCUGGGCCAAGCACAAGUUCCGCGCCAAGGCCAUGACGGGGCUCGUCAAGUCAUAUAACGUCAUUGCCGGCCACGGGCCCAUGAGCAUCACCGCCAACCCCAUUGAGUACCGGGAGCGGUUCCUCAACAUGGUUCGGGACCUCAUCAUUGAGGCGUGA